AUGUGCUUCCGCCAAUCGAAUCUGCUGACAGGCCACACUCUUCUCUCCUGCGGAUUCCAGUACUGGCAUUUCAAAACAGACUUCUUGAACUCGUCACCUAAGUCGACAAUGUGUGCCCGGAAGAGUGGCUACAAGGGUCAUAACUGCAAUCAUAGGGGAGGCAUGGCGAUGAAGAAGCACCCACCCGAAGCAUCUUGCCCCAACUAG